AUGCCUGGAGUCGUGAAGCAGGCGUCGACUGUGGCGCCGCAGAAGCGGGUACUCAUAGACACAACCAACACACACACCGGCGUGAAGUCCCCUCCAUCAGCAAAGAAGCGGAAAUUGAACGGAUAUGGUCCCAAUGGCCAUGCCCCGUACUCGCAGAAUGGGUUCAGGUCGAAGCUCGGCUCGAGUCAGCCUAAGAGUCAGUUCGAGACCGAGGUGCUUGAGAAGAUGACCCAGGACAUCGCCGGCUUGAGAGAAAAGAACGCGGAAACAGAUCAGCAAUGGGAACGACCACCGCUCGAUGAUUUCAACGAAAAGACCGACAUCCUGCGAUUUCAGCAGAUAGAGAUUGAGGAAGGCACGCUGCACGGCGGCAAGGUCACGUUGAAGAUGUUUGGCGUUUCGGAGACUGGCCACUCGAUCAUGCUCCACGUUACCGACUUCCUACACUACAUCUACGUCGCUGCUCCGGUGAACUUCCAGCGCUCGGACUUGCAGGGCUACAAGGCUUUUCUCGAGACACAAGUGGCACAGCAUUCAACUGCCAUUCAAUCCGUACAGAUGGUCCUCCGCGAGAAUCUGUACGGCUUCCAAGGCAAUCAGAAAAGUCCAUACCUCAAGAUCACGGUGACAGAUCCAAAGUUCAUCAACAAGCUGCGCACGACCAUUGAGGGAGGUUCUGCCAACUACAAGAAUUUGUGGAAAGGAGUGGAAGGCAAAAUCCUGACAUUCGACAAUAUCCAAUAUGUGCUCCGAUUUAUGAUCGACACUGGCGUCACCGGAAUGUCGUGGGUCGAAGUCAAACCUGGAAAUUAUCACACGAUUCCAUCCUAUGAGAGACAGUCAAACUGCCAAAUCGAAGCAUACUGUAACUAUCAUGACCUGGUGGCGCUCGGGCAUGACGGAGAGUGGGCCAAGAUGGCGCCUCUACGAGUCUUGUCCUUUGAUAUCGAAUGUGCUGGCCGGAAAGGCGUCUUUCCCGAGGCCAACCAAGAUCCUAUCAUACAGAUCGCCAACUAUGUCACCAGGACUGGCGAUUCGCAGGCCUUCAUUCGAAAUGUCUUUGUACUCGGCGAUUGCAGUCCGAUCGUCAACACACAAAUAUUCGAACACGGGGGGAUUUGUUAG